CCCCGCGAUUCCCCUUUCGCAGGGCAGGUGGGGACGCUGCCCCCCCCCACCUUUGCCGGCCUGCCGCCCAGGGCAGUCUCUGUCGGCGAGUUCUGGUCAAUGGAAAGGCCCUGGGCCAGGACUCUUGGCCUUCGACUAUCUUUGCUGGAAUGGAAACCAUUGCCAUGCCAGGAGUUCAGGGACUGGUGACGUUCGAGGAGGUGGCUGUGUAUUUCACCGAUGACGAAUGGGCCUUUCUGGAUCCGAGCCAAAGAGCUCUGUAUAGGGAAGUCAUGCUGGAGAAUUACGAGCUGGUGACUGCCUUGGAAGGACACCUGCGUUUGCGACCAGAUCUCAUCUCCUGGUUGGAAGAAGAUGUAGAAAAAGAGCUCUUUGUUCAAGGCUGUGAAGAGGAAAGAUUAGCAGAUGAUGGACCUGUGAGAAAUAUCAGUUGGGAGGAUUUUCAGCUGGAAAGCUCAACCUCUGAAGAAGAUAGUGAUGAAUCCCUUCCAAGAAUGAUCCAAGAAAACAGUUCCUUCCUAACUGAGAGUGGUGGGACAGACUCGUGCGCUUCCGAAAUACCGAAGUCCCGUUCCUGCGACUUCCAGCCCCACGCCUUGCCCAAGACGGUGCCUCCAUCAUUUCUCCUCCUCCUGAAAUCCUACAUGCACGCACUGCUUCCAGUUCUUCAGUCGGUAAUCAACCAAUGUAACGCCUAUCUGCUGAGCAUCAGCCGGCAGCAAAGACGCAGAGACAUGCUCGGCCGAGCUUUCCGAGAGUACCUUUUGAGCCUCCAAGAGGAGAGCUGUGCAUCCCGGAGGAGAAGAGAAAGGGGGAUUGCUGCUCUCCUUGCACUGUUGAGCGGGGAGACCAUCUCGCGGCGCUGGUGGGUGUCGCCCGCCACCAGUCGCCAUUGGUGGGAGAACUUUGUGCUGGAGAACCUGGAGGAUGAAAAAUGGAUCGAGCAUUUCCGGAUGAGCAAGGGGACCCUCUUUGAGAUAGCAGAGCUGCUCCGGCCCCAGCUGCAUCGGCAGAGAACAAUCAUGCGGGAAGCCAUCUCGGUCGAGAAGCGUGUGGCUAUCGCGGUCUGGUGGCUUUCUAAUCUGGAGUGCUACCGAGAGGUGGCUGUGCAGUUUGGUGUUGGGAGGUCCACUGUGGGAGAGAUUGUCCUUGAGGUGUGCUUCGCCAUCGAGCACCAGCUGGCCCACCGCACAAUAUAUUUGGGGGAUUAUCAGCAGAUCAUGGAUGGUUUUCAGAAGAUGGGAUUCCCACACUGCAUUGGUGUCAUGGACAGGACGCAUUUGCCCGUAGUUUCUCCUACAGCUCAAGCUGAAGAUCCUGCUAGCCGCAAGAAAUUCUGCUCCAUCUUGCUUCAAGGAACCACUGACUACCUAGGCCGAUUUAUUGAUAUCGAAGUUGCUUGGAGUGGGAACAACCGUGAUUCCUGGAUCUUUGGUAAGUCUGCCUUGUGUAAGGCUAUGGACGAGGGUACUUUUGUCCCGGAAAACCCUACACUCAGCCUUGGAGGUGUGGAGAUACCACCAUUAAUAUUAACUACCGGCGCCGACCCUUUGCGGAAAUGGCUCCUGAAACCCUACGAGGGCCAUCUUGACCGGAGGAAGCGUGCCUACAACAAAACGUUCAGGUGUUGCCACAGUGUUGUCGAGCAAGCUUUCGGCAGGCUGAAAGCAAGAUGGCAGUGCCUCACUGGUCGGCUCCCUGUCGCAGAGGAGAACGUGGUGGCGGUGGUCACGGCGUGUGUCGUGCUGCACAAUAUCUGUGAGAUGAAGGGGCACGUGCUGCAGGAGGGUUUGGAAGUGCCCAGCCCUGUCCUGUGGCAUGAACCCAGUGAACGGGACUGCCUUUCUGAUGACGGGGAUGCCAAAGGAGGCGAGAAAGUACGUGACGCGGUCGCCGCUUUCCUGGCUGGAGACUUUGGGUGCUGACUGGGUUUGUUUUAAUAAACCAAAUUUGGAUUUCCACUUUUUCUUCAAUAAAAUGGACUUGGAGGAUGUGAAUGGGCUUAAUUUGUAUGCAGCUACGUAAGGGACUUUAUCCAAAACCCUCAACUGGAGUUCUUUAGUGGAAUCAUUCCGGAAUCAUAAUCGUAAUUAUAAUAAUAGAUGUCUGAGGGGUUUGUAACAGACUGUUUCCCUUUGGUAGAUUGAUCAAUAUUGGCAGUGCAUAUCAUGUGAGGAAUCGGACCUAAAUAGCUCCACAUAAGCUGGUUAUAUUAAAAAAAAAAAAAAAAAGUAAGUUACGUAUCACAACUCCAAUAUAAUUGUAUCAGAUUUGGACUAAUAUUUUUUAAAAUGUAUCCUUAGCCUCGUGCUCUCUU